AUGGUAUUCACUUCGAGAUUGCAAUGCCCCAAACCUGCAAUCUUCGGUAAUCGGAUUCUCCAUCAACGAUUCGUCGAUAAAACUCUUUCGUUUCGCCGCCGGUACACUCUCCGGCAAGCUUCGCCGACAUUGCGAUUCGCUAAGGUUUCGGAUUCAGCUUCGUCUUCCUCUCCCUCUUCACCCCCUCCAUUGUACUCGAAUCCGCAUGAGCCAUGGGACUCUUCUCGUCUGACGUCGUCCGUGGGACAGCCUCCUCUCCAACUCUAUCAGUGGCUCACUCAGAAGCAAUUCGUCUUGCUCAGUGUCGCCGCCUGCGUAUCAGCAAUCUCAGCAUCAUGGCUAUUCUUCGCUGCAAUUUCUACUCUUCUGGCUUUUAAGAAAGCAGCCGAGUCUCUUGCAAAGCUUUUGGAUGUAACCAGAGAAGAGUUGCCUGAUACAAUGGCUGCUGUUCGUUUAUCCGGGAUGGAGAUCAGUGACUUAACAAUGGAGCUCAGUGAUUUAGGCCAAGGCAUCACUCAAGGUGUUAAAAGCUCGACACGGGCUAUUCGCGUUGCUGAGGAUAGACUAAGACGGCUAACAAACAUGAAUCCAGUAGCUUCAAUGCAGGAGGUGAUGCAACAAACCAAGACAAAGGAAACAGAACCAGUGAUUGCUAAAACAGCGAGGGGCUUAAAGGAAGGGAUCGUUAAGGGACGUUCCUUGUGGCAAUUGUUAUUCGCAGUCACUCGGUUCUCUAAGAUUGCCACAAGUUAUCUUGCAAAGCGAGCUAAGCAGUAG